AUGGCGUCUAGUCAGGGAGGUGUGGGAUCGGUCCCGGCGCUACAAAGCCAUCACUACACCACUGGACCUCACUGGAGUCCUGGUAACAGCCAGUACCCGCACCUCCAGCAGCAGCAGCCCCACACGACGCGCAGCCUGGACCGUGCCCUGGAGGAUGCCGUCUGCUCCGGGUUCCUCAACCUCAGCGGGAGGAAGCUGAGGGAGUACCCAGGCAUCAACUACGAUCUGACGGACACGACACAAGCAGAUUUGUCAAAGAAUCGUCUGACAGAAAUCCCUCCUGAAGUCUGUUUGUUUGCCCCUCUUGAGUCUCUAAACCUCUACCACAAUUGCAUCAAAUGUGUCCCAGAAGCCAUUAUCAACCUACAGAUGCUCACCUAUUUAGACAUCAGCCGAAACCUUUUGUCGAUCUUGCCAAAAUACCUGUUCAACCUCCCACUCAAAGUCUUGCUUGUCAGCAACAAUAAGUUGGUGUCCAUCCCAGAGGAGAUUGGCAAGGCCAAGGAUCUGAUGGAACUGGACAUCAGUUGUAAUGAGAUCCAUGCUCUGCCAGUUCAGGUUGGGAGGCUUCACGCCUUACGGGAACUGAACAUCAGGAGGAACUGUCUUCAUUUGCUACCAGAAGAGCUUGCAGACCUGCCUCUGAUCCGACUCGACUUCUCCUGCAAUAAGAUCACAGAGAUUCCUUCAGUGUACAGGAAACUCCGGCAACUGCAGCACAUUAUUUUAGAUAAUAAUCCUAUGCAAUCCCCCCCUGCCCAAAUCUGUCUCAAGGGUAAAGUGCACAUUUUCAAGUACCUGAACAUCCAGGCGUGUCGCAUGGACAAGAAACCCGACACGUUAGACCUGCCCACGCUGAGCAAGCGCUGUCUUCCACAGCCCCUCACCGACAGCAUAGAAGAUUUUUAUCCAAGUAAAUACCACGGGCCAGACUCUGGAAUCGGUAGUGACAAUGGAGACAAGAGACUAUCGACAACAGAGCCAUCAGACGACGACACAGUCAGUCUUCACUCUCAGAUUUCAGAGACAGCCCGUGCUGAUGCCCUCUCUCUGCUCUCCAAAAUGGACUCUUGCAAAGAUCAGGAUCUCUAUGACUUUAUAGAGCCCAACCCAGACGAAGAUCCUGCUCUUUCAGAGAGCAAUGGGCACCCCAACAGUCACAUGUCUUGUUUAAAGGAAUUGGAGAAAGUCCUCAAUAUGUCUCACCAAAGCAAAGAUAAAGACAGCUGGAAAGAAGAAUCAGGUUCGGACAAAGAGCAGCUGGUGGAGGAGGAAGAUGAAGAUCUGAAGGAAGUUCUGGAUCUGAGGAAGAUUGCGGUCCAACUUCUACAGCAGGAACAACAAAACAGGAGGCGCUCCUUAAUAUGCAGAGCAGAGAGUCUAAUCCACAGGCGGAGAGUGACAGGCCGAGCACACAGAUUCUUGAGUCACUCUGGUUCCAGCAGCAAGGCUCGGCCCCCGAUUCAGGCCGCUCGCAGUGCCUCCCUUGAUGAAGGAACCAGUGGAGCAUCAGAAUUGAGUGGACAGCCCUCUUCUUCCUGCUCCUUUGACGGCGGUCUGAAAACAGAGAGUGACCCUGAGUCCAAAUGGACUGAAGUGCCACCAAUCCUCAACCAAAACGAUGAGCGCCGCAGGAGCAAGUACCUGAGAAAAGACUACUUAAAGAUCAAGUGUCAAAAUGCACGGAAAAAUGGCAAUGAUGACAACGAGGAUAUCUUGUGCAACACAGAUGUUAGCUCCACUCUGACUGUGUUUGGACUAAAGCCCAGAUCAGCUUUCACCAGAGGAAGCAAACAGGAGUUAUCAUCGAGUGACCCCAGCUUCACCAUGCGGAGGAAGAUGGAGCACCUGAGGGAGGAGCUAGAACAGAUAGCACUUUUACGGCAGAAUAUUGAGUCCCGCCUGAAAGUUCUCCUCCCUGAUGAUGUGGGGGCCGCUCUCAUGGAUGGGGUCGUCCUCUGUCAUUUGGCCAAUCACAUCAGCCCUCGCCUCGUCUCCAGCAUCCACGUGCCCUCGCCUGCUGUGCCAAAGCUCAGUAUGGCAAAAUGUCGGCGGAAUGUGGAAAACUUCUUGGAUGCCUGCAAAAAAUUGGGCGUCCCACAGGACAAGCUGUGCCUGCCCCAUCACAUCUUGGAGGAGCGUGGCCUGGUGAAUGUUGGGAUGACUGUCCAGGCUUUGUUGGACUUGCCCGCCUUAAAGAGUGCGCUGGCUGCUAUAUGA